AUGUGUGGCAGAUACGCGCUGGCCUUGCGGCCAUCAGAGGUGCGCCAACAGCUUGAGCAGUCGCAGAUGCCUGUCGAAGAAGCUCCAAAUGACGACGAUGUACGCCAAUCCUACAACUUUGCGCCUGGGUACCACGGACUUGUGUACCGAGCAGAAGGUCACGAGCAUGGUGGCUGUAAGGAGAAAGAUCACGAAAACGAAGGAAAAUCCAAAGAGGAAGGCGCGACAGAUACCAAGUACAAGCUGCAGUCAAUGCAAUGGGGCCUUGUACCGUUCUGGACGAAGCGUAACCCUGACUACGGAUCCAAGAUGAAGACUAUCAAUUGCCGGGACGACUCACUGUUCGAAGACCGCGGUAUGUGGACGACUAUGAAGAAGCAAAAGCGCUGCAUCAUAGUCGCACAAGGCUUCUACGAGUGGCUCAAGAAAAACAAUGGCAAGGAGAAGAUUCCACACUUCACCAAGCGCAAGGAUGGGCAGCUCAUGUGCUUCGCUGGACUCUGGGACCGUGUUCAGUUUGAAGACAGCAACGAGCCACUGUACACCUAUACCAUCAUCACGACAGAUUCAAACAAGCAGCUCAACUUCCUGCACGACCGAAUGCCAGUCAUCCUCGACAACGGCUCCGACGCCAUACGGACCUGGUUGGAUCCUAAUCGUACGGAGUGGAGCCACGAUUUGCAGUCAUUACUGAAGCCAUAUGACGGAGAGCUUGAAUGUUACCCUGUCAGUAAAGACGUGGGCAAAGUGGGCAACAACUCGCCAUCAUUCUUGAUACCCAUCGAUAGCGCCGAAAACAAGAACAACAUCGCCAACUUCUUUGGUAACCAACGAAAGCUUGCGAAGAAGACCGAUACGACGGACAUCAACAAAACGGAGCAUGACCUCGAAAAGUCCACGACUGAGAAUGGGCAUGUCAAAAUCGAACACGACUCCAAUGAAACUCGUGACACCACAAACCGCGUGGAGGGUACCGAAGACAAUGCGCCACUACCUGUUCCAAAAAAAUCGCCCUCGCAAGUUGCGGAAGUUAAACAAGGCAUCAAACGAGAAGCAGAGGAUGAAAGUCCUACAACAGGUGAACCACAGGCGAAGCGCAACAAGACGGCUUCACCCCAGAAGCAUGAAUCUCCCGUGAAGACACCUGCAAAGAAGCAAGGUACACGCAGUGCCACAAGUAACGGUAGUGCAGCAAAGACAUCAGUGAAGAGCGACGGGAAUGCGAGGAUCACAUCCUUCUUUAGCAAUAAGUGA